AAUAUUUAUGAGUGAUUUAGAUUAAUGGAUAGCAAAAUUAAAGAAUUGCCAAUUUUUAAGUGAACAAGAAGUUAUCUAAUUAUGUACAAAAGCAAAAGAAAUACUUAUAUCUGAAAGUAAUGUUGAAAUUGUUCAUACUCCUGUCACAGUAAACUUUUUCAUCAAAUAGGUUUGUGGCGAUAUUCAUGGAUAAUUUCAUGACUUGAUUGAAUUAUUUAAAGUAGGAGGAGAUUGUCCUAAUACCAAUUAUCUUUUUCUUGGAGAUUUAGUUGAUCGUGGAUUUAAUAGUGUUGAAACCUUUCUAUUAUUAUUAGCAUUCAAAGUUCGGUUUCCAGAUAGAAUUACAAUGUAAAAGAUACAAUUAUUUUAAAGAAUAAGAGGAAAUCAUGAAUCAAGAUAAACCACCUAAGUUUAUGGAUUUUAUGAUGAAUGUUAGCGCAAAUAUGGUUCAGCAAAUGUUUGGCGGUAUUGUACUGAUGUUUUUGAUUAUUUGACAAUAAGUGCAGUAAUUGAAAAUAGAGUAUUUUGUGUGCAUGGAGGAUUGUCUCCAAAUAUUGUUGAAAUUGAUGAUGUAAAUGUUUUCGCUAUAUUUUUAAAGGUAAAAUCUUUAGAUAGAAAGCAAGAAGUUCCACAUGAAGGAGCAAUGUGUGAUCUUUUAUGGAGUGAUCCUGAAGAUAUUACUGGAUGGGGAGUAUCACCAAGAGGAGCAGGAUAUAUAUUUGGUGGAGAUAUUACUAAAGAAUUCAAUAAAACUAAUAAUUACGAUUUUAUAUGUCGUGCUCAUUAACUUGUCCUGGAAGGAUAUAAAACAAUGUUUGAUGAUUAAUUAAUUACUGUUUGGAGUGCUCCAAAUUAUUGUUAUAGAGUUGGAAAUCAAGCUUCAAUAUUAGAAUUAGAUGAUAAUUUAGAAAAAAAAUUCAAAAUAUUUUUAGCAGCUAAUGUUGAAUAAAGAGGAUUAAUUGGUAGACAUCCUGUACCUGAUUAUUUUUUGUGA